AUGGAUACCGAUUUCGAUGGGAUCGAUGUAGAUGAUGACGACGACGACGAUGCUGGCAUAUUAAGCAUUGCUAAUGACCGCCAAAGUGAGGACGAUGAUACCCUCACUGGUGAAGACAACGUUCUUUCAGCAGUGCAAACGAAGCGCACUGCUGUUGACAAGGACGAAUCAGCUUAG